AUGUCUGAUGAAUCCGGAGAGGAAAUUAUUUAUAACGCCUUCGAUGCCUACCUCAACAUCGGCAGACACUUGAUAAAGCGGAAGGCAUUCGCCAGAGCCCUGAUCUACCUGGAUGAGAUAGAUGACAAAGCAGAAAAAAUAACAAGCCUAAAACCCGAGAAAAUUGUUUACUUUUUUGGUUUACUUCUUUUUGAGCAAUCUGUUUACCUCUGUCUUUCACAAUAUCCUUACGCUUCCUCCUCAUCCUUCUCCCUCUCCUCAAGCCCGCCAAAAUCUUAUUCUUUUCCCCUUGCUGCCUCGCACAUUUGCCCACAGUCCGUUGUUGCGUAG